CGCUCCGCCCGCACUUCCCGACGGCCAGUUGUCUCCGGCGCCGCGCGAAGAGGGUUCUGCUCCAGCCUCUGUGGGGAGACCAGGAUGAUAACUUGUGGUACUCAUCAAUGCUGUGGUGACAAAGUACAGAAAACCUUACUGAAAUAUAAGGUUUCUCUUGGCCUCCUUUUCUUUUAUUUGCUACUGGCUACUUCUGACAAAGCUCAGGAUGGUUUCUUAGGACAGUACAGUGCCGUGUUUAAUACUGCAUGUAAUGAUGUCUGGACUUUGUCACCUGGAAUUUUUGUGCCUGCCCUUAAAAACUUCACAGUUUGCAUUUCCCUGAAACUAUACACUACCAAAAAUCCUUGGACUGCAUUUGUCUACAACAAGAAGGAACUUAAUGGCACACCAUCUGGAAGUAGCUAUGAACUCGGACUUACAGGAAAGCAUGACAAAUUGACUUUUUGGGUGUUUGGCAAUGAAAUAACUUUGGCAGAGGGACUGGAUGAGCGCACCUGGAAUCAAGUAUGCAUAAGAUGGAGAAGUGAACUGGAGGAAGUGAAUUUAUAUAUAAAUGGCCAAGAGAAAAAAACUGAAAAAAUAGCAAAUGGAGUUCUUCAUGCAGAUGGGCAGCUUUUACUUGGCUGCUCAGAUAUGCCAGACGUGUCUUCAUCUUCUCUAGAGGGAAUGGUUGGUGAACUGUACAUGUUCAGAAUGUGGGCUAAAGCAGACAUAAAUCAUACUCAAGACUGCCAAGAUGGCACCAUUAUACGCUGGAGAAAGGAGCAUUGGGUCCAUAAUAAGACAGCACGUCAUAACAGCUCUUUGCCUUGUGCUAAUGCUGAAAAUGCCCGGUCAGGACUGCAAGCAGCUCCAGUAACAACCCCUGCUGAUUCAUCCAUUGUCACUUUUCUCACCUACUCUAACAGUGCUACAGAUUCAUCAUCAUUUGGAACUUUGUCUUCUGCAGGAACUGAAUUUUCAGAAAAUAAUGUAUGUAAUUUAGCAACCAUGUGUAAAGAUUCAACCUUCUACAUGGGCACUGUGAAAUUUCAGAGCAAUGAAAACAGCACCGAUGAUUCAUAUAAACUAAAACUAAGUUUUACUGGAGACAACACCAGUGAGGUUACAAAGCUCCAGUUUCCAUUUAUUCAAACACCCCUGCAGGACCCAAAAAUUUCAGAUCUCAACAGUACACUUCAGAGAUUAAGUGAGUUAUCUUUCAUGGAGUGUGGUGCAGAAAACCAAAGUACAUCAGAUUGCAAUUUCAUAGUGAAGCUGGACAGAAAAAUGAAAAUAAACAGGGUUUUGACAUAUUUACAAGAAAAGGCAUUUGUGGGCCCAAUUGAACUCUGCUGCUGUUCAACUUCACAGCUUUCUUCUUGUCCCUCAACUAUUAAAGAGCUGCAACAACUGCAAUGCGGUAUGCAUAAAGUUACCUGUGCAGAAUAUAGUUCACCUGGCCCACCAGUAUCAGCUUUUGCUCCUUCUGUUGAGCCUUCUGUCACUGUAACCCAGCCUGGCACCCUUUCACCCAGAUCAAUCACUGUGCCUCCUCUACUGCUGACCACACCUACAAUGUACUUCACUGCUCCCACUCAGAUGAAAAGUACAGUUCCUCCUUUCAUUAAAGAAACCUCAGUGGUCCUUCCUUCUUCACUUCCUACAACAUCUAUCAAACCUUCUACUGCAGCUUCUGUAGCAAAGCAUCCUGUUAUGCCUUCCACUGAAGUAUCUCACACUACAUCUUCUGUCAUACUUACAACAGCAGUUUCCCAAGCUACAUCUUCCUCCUCAUCAGCCACAACCAGUCCUUUUGAUGUGCAUUCCGUAACCAGUCCAGAACAAAUAUUUCCCAACGUCACCAGUGGUAUUAAUUCUUCCUCUGUUGAGAACAUAGUAUCUAAAAUGGAGAAGGCAUUGACUGCAGAAAAAAUAGAACAAAAGCAUGCUGAAGAGAUGGUGAACACUGUUAGUGAACUCCUGGAUAAUCCCCAGUUGCAAAUACUUUCAAUGUCUAAAAGAAUAAUAAAUAUAGUGGAUGCAAUUGGCUUAAAAUUGAACUUUGCGGGAGAAUCCAUUAAUUUGACAUCCCCUUCCCUGGCUCUGGCAGUUUUGAAGAUUAACAGCAGCUUUUUCAAGGGUGUUUCUUUUGCUGUUGAAGAUUCUUCAGACCUUCAGGUUGCAAUGGGAACUCAAGCUCCCGCAAACAGUGUUGGCGCCAUUAGACUCCCAUCAUCAGUAAUGACAAAUUUGUCAUCUGCAGACAAACAUUUGGCUUCUAGAAUUAUAUUCAAUUUUUUUGAGAAGACCACUUUGUUUCAGGAUCCCUCAUUAAAAAAUGCAUCUCUGAUCAGCAAUGUUAUUUCAUCAAGUGUUGCCAAUCUCACAAUUAACAACUUGAAGACGAACAUUACUGUCAGUCUAAAGAAUGCCAAGCCUAGCCAGGAGAAUUUGACUGUCAGAUGUGCCUUCUGGAACUUUACUAAAAAUGGUGGCAAAGGAGGCUGGGCCUAUGAAGGUUGUGUGGUUAAAGAGAGAAGAACAAAUGAAACAGUCUGUAGCUGCAACCAUCUCACAAGCUUUGGAGUUUUACUGGAUUUAUCAAGAAACACCACUUUAUCUCCUAUCCAAGUGCUGGUUUUGACUUUUAUCACCUAUAUAGGCUGUGGUCUUUCUGCAAUCUUUCUUUCUGUUACCCUUGUUACAUACGUUGCAUUUGAGAAAAUCCGAAGAGAUUAUCCUUCUAAAAUUCUUAUUCAACUGUGUGUUGCACUACUUCUACUGAACUUAGUUUUCCUUCUGGAUUCAUGGAUUGCUCUGCAUCACAUCCGAGGGCUGUGCAUCUCAGUUGCUGUAUUACUUCAUUAUUUCCUCUUGGUUUCUUUCACUUGGAUGGGGCUUGAAGCCUUCCACAUGUAUCUUGCCCUCGUCAAAGUGUUCAAUACCUAUGUUAGGAAAUAUAUACUGAAGUUCUGCAUCAUUGGCUGGGGUGUCCCAGCACUAGUAGUAGCCAUUGUAUUGGCAAUAAGGCUAGAUAACUAUGGGCUUGAAUCAUAUGGAAAGUUCCCCAAUGGCUCAUCUGAUGAAUUUUGCUGGAUUAAAAAUAACGUUGUCUUUUACAUUACCGUUGUGGGAUAUUUCUGCAUAAUAUUCUUGUUGAAUAUCAGCAUGUUUAUUGUAGUGCUGAUUCAGCUCUGCAGAAUCAAAAAGAAGAAACAACUUGGUGCCCAGCGAAAAACUAGCAUACAAGAUCUCAGGAGUGUUGCUGGCCUUACCUUCUUACUGGGAAUUACUUGGGGAUUUGCCUUUUUUGCAUGGGGUCCUGUAAAUCUUAUAUUUAUGUACCUCUUUGCCAUCUUCAACACUCUGCAAGGAUUUUUCAUUUUCAUCUUCUACUGUGUAGCAAAGGAAAAUGUUCGCAAGCAGUGGAGACGAUAUCUGUGUUGUGGAAAAUACAGGCUGGCUGAAAAUUCUGAUUGGAGUAGAACUGCUACUAAUGGUUUAAAGAAGCAGAAUGUUAACCAAGGAGUAUCCAGUUCUUCCAAUUCCUUACAAUCAAACAGUAACUCUACUAAUUCUACCACAAUGCUAAUGAAUAAUGAUUAUUCAGUGCUCACAAAUGGGAAUGGCAACAUCCCAAGUGAGAAGAAUGGUGUUUCUUUUAAUGUGCAGAAUGGUGAUGUGAGGCUUCACGACUUUUCAGGAAAACAGCUCGUAUUUCAUGAAAAUGAUGAUACAGACCCUAAAAAAUCUCGCAUUUCACUGAGAAAGACUUCAAAGAGAGGAAACCUGCAUUUUAUUGAACCCAUGUGAUUUUUUUAAAGUCGCUUUUGUUUCAUAGUGUGAAUACAGAUAUGUUUUAACAGUUUUAAAUAAUGUGAAAAGACCAAAAAAAAAAGGACAUAAUUUAAUAUAGAAUAGUAAAGUUUAGGGCAGCCUUGGAAUUUGAAACAGCAUUAACUAAGAUUGUCAGAGUUUUUAUUAAGUUUUAAUGUCAGUGGUACUUAUUAACAAGGUACUUUAGAUGCAGCAUCAUAGCUGUAAACCAGUUUAUUUUUUUACUGAAGAUGCUUUUGUAAGUUCAACAUGCUGUUAGGAAUAACUGCAAACAGUACACAAUUAUGUUGUACAAAUAUAAAUAAUUGUAAGUUAAACUUUAAAGCUCAAACUGAGUUUCAUAAUAAUCUGUGAUGCCUACACCUUCCUUUUAAGAGGUUGUAGUCACAGACAAAUAGCACUGUAUAUAGGUAAAACAACAUCUACUUUUUGAUUAUUAUAUAAUUUUAUAUUUAUUUCUUGUAAAUUAAAUUUAAUAUUCCUUUGUAUAGAAAAAAGUUGUGUUGGGCUUUAAAACGUUAUUAUGAUUCUGUACAUAAGAUUCUGUGCUAAUUAUUUCUUUUAACUGGAAAUCUUAUAAGUCUUUACACUCAAAAUUUGCUCUGUAAGUGACAUAACUCAAAACAGCCAGUACAAAAGUUAUGGGAAGAUAUCGGACUGUAAAUAUGAAAUUUAUUGCUUCAAAAGCUCUGAUUGCUUGUUUUUUUGGGUGCUGAAUCUGAAGCCAGCUUUGCUUUAUCCAAGACAGUUGUUUUGAGGAGAGGACGGUCUUCCUUCAUUCGUGUGUGUGUGUGUAAAAUCUGGACUCCCUCCCUACUGACCAUCUACAGAGAGAAGUCCUCUAUAUGCCUACAGACUUCAAAAAUCCAAAUACAAGUGCAAGACUCACUCCACAGUCAAUCAUUGCAUACACUAUAGACUUGCUUGCCUUGCUCUAGGGACUUCACCAGAUUGUGAGACUCAUCUCACUCUUGCUUUGCCAAGACUCACAGAAACAAACCAACAGAAUUUCGUAUAUCAGUCAGUAGUCCUCUACCAAUUAUCUGCCAGGAUGUAGUGAAAUGUCUUACACCCAAGAAUGUAUACCAAGAUCUGCAUGCUGUACAGGCUUGAGGUUACAAAGUGUCUCUUGCCGGCUGGCAGGGAGGAAAGAGAAAGAGAUAAAGGUAUGACUUACCUCCCAUGUAUGAAGCUAUCCAGUUCCAUAGAAAUGCAAAUGGUUCUCACCAGGAUAAGGACAAUAGUCUUGGUCACAACUUAGCUAUAGAGCAUCAGAGGCCAAAAGAAAAGAACAAACCUUCACUUUGGGAUAGGAAGAGACAGAGGCUCUGGAAAGAAUAGGCGGAAGAUGAGAGAAUAAAGGCCCUGGACAAGGCAGCCCAGUUCCACAGCUAAGAGAGGUGAACUGUCCCAGGAUCAUCCAGCACUGCAUCUUGCUAAGGCAAGCCACCUCAGAACUGCCCAGCACUAUGGUCAGAUGAGGUGAACUGCCUGGGGCUGCCCAGCACUGCACCUCAGUGAGGCAAGCCUCCUCAGAACCAUCCAGUGCCGCAGUGAGACCUGGGCUUCAUGAGCCACAACAGGGCAUCUCCAGGAAAAGGUAAGAAACA